CGAUAUCGAAUCGCACCGAAAGCUUUCGAAGUGCGAGCGGCUACGUUAUAUUACUGCGGCUCAGUCGGUUUUCGUUCGUUCUGUUGGAGAAAAGCAGCAAUCACACGUUCGCAAGGUGAACGCGAAGACACAGUAAAUUGUAGAAACAGAAUAAAGCAAAAUGUCCAACCUUAAGCGUUUCGAUGAUGAGGAGCGUGAGUCCAAAUAUGGACGUGUGUUCGCUGUCUCUGGCCCUGUCGUCACCGCCGAGGCCAUGUCGGGAUCAGCUAUGUACGAGUUGGUCCGUGUGGGUUACUACGAGCUGGUGGGCGAGAUCAUCCGUCUGGAGGGCGACAUGGCCACCAUCCAGGUGUACGAAGAGACCUCCGGCGUGACUGUCGGUGAUCCCGUGCUGCGUACCGGCAAGCCCCUCUCCGUGGAGCUCGGACCCGGUAUCAUGGGCAGCAUCUUUGACGGUAUUCAGCGUCCCCUGAAGGACAUCAACGAGCUGACCGAGUCCAUCUACAUCCCCAAGGGCGUGAACGUGCCCAGUUUGUCGCGCGUGGCCAGCUGGGAGUUCAACCCCCUGAACGUCAAGGUCGGCUCCCACAUCACCGGCGGUGACCUGUACGGUCUAGUGCACGAGAACACCCUGGUCAAGCACAAGAUGAUCGUGAACCCCCGCGCCAAGGGCACAGUGCGCUACAUUGCCCCCUCGGGCAACUACAAGGUCGACGAUGUCGUCCUGGAGACGGAGUUCGAUGGCGAGAUCACCAAGCACACCAUGUUGCAGGUGUGGCCAGUGCGUCAGCCCCGUCCCGUGACCGAGAAGCUGCCCGCCAACCACCCCCUGCUCACUGGACAGCGUGUCCUCGACUCGCUCUUCCCCUGCGUCCAGGGCGGUACUACCGCCAUUCCCGGAGCCUUCGGUUGCGGCAAGACUGUGAUCUCGCAGGCCCUGUCCAAGUACUCCAACUCCGAUGUGAUCAUCUACGUCGGUUGCGGCGAGCGUGGUAACGAGAUGUCUGAGGUACUGCGUGACUUCCCCGAGCUGUCCGUGGAGAUCGACGGUGUGACCGAGUCCAUCAUGAAGCGUACUGCCCUGGUGGCCAACACCUCCAACAUGCCUGUGGCUGCCCGUGAGGCCUCCAUCUACACUGGUAUCACCCUGUCCGAGUACUUCCGUGACAUGGGUUACAACGUGUCCAUGAUGGCUGACUCCACCUCCCGUUGGGCCGAGGCUCUGCGUGAGAUUUCGGGUCGUCUGGCUGAGAUGCCUGCCGAUUCUGGCUACCCAGCCUACCUGGGCGCCCGUCUGGCCUCCUUCUACGAGCGUGCCGGUCGCAUCAAGUGCCUGGGUAACCCAGAGCGCGAGGGCUCCGUGUCCAUUGUGGGCGCUGUGUCGCCUCCUGGUGGUGACUUCUCCGAUCCCGUGACAUCCGCCACUCUGGGUAUCGUGCAAGUGUUCUGGGGUCUCGACAAGAAGCUGGCCCAGCGCAAGCACUUCCCCUCGAUCAACUGGCUGAUUUCGUACUCCAAGUAUAUGCGUGCCCUGGACGAUUUCUAUGACAAGAACUUCCCCGAGUUCGUGCCACUGCGUACCAAGGUCAAGGAGAUCCUGCAGGAAGAGGAGGAUCUGUCUGAGAUCGUGCAGCUGGUCGGCAAGGCCUCUCUGGCGGAGACCGACAAGAUCACGCUCGAGGUGGCCAAGCUGCUGAAGGACGAUUUCCUGCAGCAGAACUCGUACUCCUCGUACGAUCGCUUCUGCCCCUUCUACAAGACCGUUGGCAUGCUGAAGAACAUCAUCGACUUCUACGACAUGGCCCGCCACUCCGUGGAGUCGACGGCUCAGUCCGAGAACAAGAUCACCUGGAACGUGAUCCGUGAGGCUAUGGGCAACAUUAUGUACCAACUGUCGUCCAUGAAAUUCAAGGACCCUGUUAAGGAUGGUGAGGCCAAGAUCAAGGCUGACUUCGAGCAGCUGCACGAGGACCUGCAGCAGGCCUUCAGGAAUCUGGAGGACUAGAGAUUGCGUUGGCCCUACUUUUACACUCUAAUCUUACAUUUGUUAUAUAGUUAACUUUUAAAAAAGAAAGCAGUCAAAAACUACCCGAAAAAGCAUAAUCAAACACCAACAAUUCCGUGCUGCAUUCGAAGUAAAACGAAAGUCCAACAAAUUCCACAACUUUUUGGUGCCUGCGAGAGAUGUAAACAUUCCGGCCUGCGGUUAAUACUUUUCCUAACCACGCCCCUCCGCCCUCAAGGCAACAGCAACAACUACAACGUCCUUCUAUGUACUUCCAUUUACAACAACAGCAAAAGUCGCACACACACUUUUGAAUAAAAGUACACGGACACAGGCGCGCACACACAUACACAUACAUAAAAGACACAAAUACAAAUGCAUGCAUAAAUAGUAUUAUUGUUUAAUGAAUGGAAAUUCUUGUUUAUUUGUGAAAAAGUCAUGUUUUCUCCUUGUUUGUUUGUUAAAUUUAUGUAAAUAUUUAAAGUAUGAAAUAUUAAAUGUACGAAUAAAGUGCAACAACAAA